AUGACAACAACAGAAGAUGAAGAUCCAUAUAUUCAAAUAGCUAAAUUACAUUCAGCUAAUUUACAAGCAGCCGAAUAUGGUCUCGCCUUAAUUGAUGAAAAGAAAGUUUUAGAAUUACAACACAAAGAAUUAGAAAAUGAGCAUGAAUUACUUAAAUUAGAAUUUGAACAAUUGAAAACUCAAUUAAAAACAUUACAAGUUAAUAAGCGUGAAGCAACAUUGAAAGGUGAAACGAAUGAAGAAACAUUAUUACAUGAAAAACUAGCCCGUGAGAAAUAUCUAACGGAAGAGAUUGUUCGUCAUGAACAUGAAUUACGUUUAUUAAAACAUGACAAUGAACGGUUGCAUACAGAAAAUGAAAAGUUUUCCGUAAAUUGUCAAGAACUAACUGAACGUAUUCAUGAGUUCGAUGAAUUAAAAGUCAAAUUAAAGUACGAAUUAAAAGAAACUAAAGCACAAGAACAACGACUUAUCGAUGCCAAUACUGAGUUGGAAGAAGAUAAUGUUGCAUUACAACAACAAGUACAAAAAUUAAGAGAAAAUCUUGUUGAUUUCGAUGGAUUAAAACAUGAAAAUAAACAAUUGCAAGAAAAUAUCGAUGAUCUACAUCGUAUGAUGAAAGAACUUGAAUCUCUAAAAGCAAUAGCUGAAUCUCAAUUAAUUGAAUUACACAAUAGUCUUCGUGAUGAACGUGAACAAAAACACAUCUAUAAACAACAAUUAGAUCAUCGAAUUCAACAAGAAUCUCGUCGAAAUCUAGAUUCAUUACGUAUGACAUUGAAUGGCCACAGUAGUACACAUACGGAUGAUGAUUAUCUAAUUGAGGGUGACGAUGAUAUUGAAGAUGAUGACACAAGUCGUGUUCCAUCGUCAACGGAAUACAGUGAUACGUUUGAAAACGAUCAACAAGAACAACAACCUGUUGGAAAUCUAUUUAGUGAAAUUCACGGAAAUGAAAUCCGUAAACUUGAACUUGAAUGUUUACAAUUAUCGCAGAUAAAAUCAUCACUCGAUAAUCAAUUGUUAACUAUAAAUGAGAAAACGAAAAUUCUUUCGCAUAAAAUUCAACAUCUUAUGGAUAUUGUAAUACCAAAUAAACAACUGUCAACAGAAUCUAAUUCCGAUGAUACUGAUAAUCUAUUGGUAAAAGCCUUGGAAUCCAUUGAACAAAUCGAUUCAAUUGUGCAUAAAAAUCUUCAUCUAUUUAAUGGUGAUCAAGAUUUAUUGAAAAAAAAAUCCGAUGAACAAGAAAACUUUAUUAUUAAAUUAAAACAAGACAAUAAUAUUCUCAUGAAACAGUGCAAUGAUUCUCAAACACUCUUUAGUAAAACUCAUGAUAAUUUAAUGGCUUUAAGCGAAGAAUUAGAAACGCUUCACAAAUAUAUUUAUACAUCGAAUGGUUUAUCUACAUCAAUGAAUGAUUUUGAAAUACGAAAACAACAAUUAUUAAAUUCAAAUAAUAAAAUUAUUGAUCCAUUGAUAAAUCAACAACUAUUAGAAAUUCUUCAAGAACAAGUGAAACAACUCAAACAAUCAUUUGAUCAUAUUUUAUCUAAGACAAAACAACAGUCCAGAGAUCAAUCAUCGAAUAUUGAAAAUAUACCGCCAACUAAUGAACUACCGAACGAUACCAAAGAAUUACAAGAUCAAAUAAUCAAAAUACGUUCAUUAUUAACUACGAAACGUGAACAAAUUGGUACAUUACGUACGGUCCUUAAAGCUAAUAAACAAACAGCAGAAGUUGCAUUAGCUAAUUUGAAAUCGAAAUAUGAAAAUGAGAAAUUAAUUGUUACUGAAACAAUGUCAAAAUUACGUAAUGAAUUAAAAUCAUUAAAAGAAGAUGCAGCAACAUUUGCAUCAUUACGUGCUAUGUUUGCUGCACGUUGUGAUGAAUAUGUUACACAAUUAGAUGAACUACAACGGCAAGUUCAUGCUGCUGAAGAAGAAAAAAAAACUCUCAAUUCUUUACUUCGUAUGGCUAUUGAACAAAAACUUGCUCUAACACAAAAACUCGAAGAUCUUGAAAUGGACAAUGAACGAGCACAUACGACUGUUAGUGUUUCAAAACGUUCAAAUAAUCUCAAUAAUAAUCCAUCAUCGGCAACAGCAACAUCGCCUGUUUCAUCGGGACCAACACUUGGAUUAUCAACAACAGCUUCAAUUAAUAAUACAAAUAUAAAUCACAAUAUUAGUAACAAUGGACCCAUACAGGAACUCAGACGAGGAAGAUUUAUACCGCCUAGAGUUCGUCAACAAAAAUCAUUUCCUAAUACAAGUCCACAAACACCAACCUCAUCGAAAUGGGGUCACUAA